UUAAUUCUUAUGACUCUGAAAUAGAUACCAUUGCCAUUUUUUAAAAAGGCUUAACCUAUUCAAACUCAGAUACUGAGAAUAUGGCAAAACUAAUAUUUGAGCCCAGGUCAGUGCUCUUUUUAUUCACUGCCUUCUGAAACUUACAGUAUAAAAAAGACUGGGACAAGAAAAAGGGUAACUGGCACUUGAUACCUCCGUUUUUCCAAAGUUACUUAGCCCACUCCCACUCUAGCUCUGCUGUGAACCCAUAAAUCCUGUGUCUCCUUAGACAAAGGGAGUGUUAGUCAUAGUAAUUCUUUAGGGCAUUACCAUGGUUACCAAACACAGAGUCCAGUGCUCCAGCCUGAAUGUUCCAGAAGAGGACGGGGAAGAGCUGAGAUGGCCUUCUUCAACUUGUAUCUGUUGGGAUAUCAAAAUUCCUUUCGGAACAAGAAAAGGGACACAACUGAAGAAACAAACCAGGAGGAGCUGGCGCCCACUAGGCUUCCCCCUAUUAUCCCAGAAGAUGGGAAUUAUUCUGUGCACCAGAAUAGCCACAAAAGUUACCACGAAGCUGUAAAGAAGGUGUUGUUAAAGACACUCCCCAAUCAGGUCUUCAGAGUCCCCUUGACUGAUGCUCAGAACUUCAGCUUCUGGCGGUCCCGUGAUCCAGGAGUGCGCCCAGAGGAAACCAUGCCAUGGAUCCGAAGCCCCCGCCACUGCCUCAUCAAAAGCCCAAUGACCAGGUUCAUGGAUCACUCUGUUCUUAGUGACAGAAACUUCAGUCUGUAUUGAGCAGGAUGUGUUUGCAGAAGAGCAAGACGGACCGUGGAAACAGGGCAAAGAAAGAGAAAGUGGGAGAAGGUGUCCUGGUUCCACUGACUGACUAAUGAGAGGAGGUGAUGGCAAAAGCAGAGUAAACAGAUUGGACUAGA